GACUGUGACUCCAUGUCUGUGUGAGGGAGGAUGCUCAGAGCGAAGCCAGCCUCUCCAGACACCAGGAUGAAGUAACAGUCUGCGCCUUGUUCUCUGCCCUGGAUGCUACUGGGAUGUAUUUUGGAAGCGGGGUCGGGCAGCAGCGACCCACCAGCAUCACCGCCACUGAGCCUGACAUGAAUGACAAGUAAAAGAGCUGCUUUUUUCUUUUCUUUCUUGAAGCAGCGCAGGAAUGUGCACGGGGCUGCGCUCAGGCUCCUCACAGCGACAUAUUGGACCUUUUGGACCUACCUCGGUUUGUUUGUAAACAGCCAGCAGAGAAGAAUUUAGAGAGUCCGACCAAUUUAUUUCUGAUUUAUUUUUUCUUAUUUCGUCCUUUAAUUUUUUCGCUGAUAUUUUUGAGUGGGAGUUGAUUUGUUGGGAGUGUUUCUCUUUUGUGAAGACAAACUUCUACCAUGGCACUGAUUAUGGAGCCUGUGAGCAAGUGGAGCUCCAGUCAAGUGGUUGACUGGAUGAAAGGCCUGGACGACUGCCUGCAGCAGUACAUCAAAACCUUUGAGAAGGAGAAAGUAGGGGGGGACCAGCUGCUGCGUAUCACCCACCAGGAGCUGGAGGAUCUGGGAGUGUCUAGAAUUGGACACCAGGAACUCAUCCUGGAGGCUGUGGACUUACUCUGUGCUCUGAAUUAUGGGCUGGAGACUGAGAAUCUGAAGACGCUCUCUCACAAGCUCAAUGCGUCUGCCAAGAACCUGCAGAACUUCAUCACGGGCCGGCGGCGCAGCGGCCACUACGACGGCCGAGCCACCCGCAAGCUGCCCAACGACUUCCUCACCUCUGUGGUGGACCUCAUCGCCGCAGCCAAAAGCCUCCUGGCCUGGCUAGACAGAUCUCCAUUUGCUGCAGUGGCUGAUUACUCGGUGACGAGGAACAAUGUGAUCCAGCUGUGUCUUGAGCUCACCACAAUUGUACAACAGGACUGCUCUGUGUAUGAAACAGAAAACAAGAUCCUGCAUGUGUGUAAAACUCUGUCUGGAGUGUGCGACCACAUUAUCUCUCUGUCCUCGGAUCCCAUGGUGUCACAGUCUGCACAUUUGGAAGUCGUGCAGCUGGCCAACAUAAAAUCCACUGAAGGCUUGGGCAUGUAUAUCAAAUCAACAUAUGACGGAUUGCAUGUCAUCACUGGGACGACAGAAGGAUCCCUGGCCGACCGCUGUAAGAAUCCAGCUGGAGAUGAAGUCAUCCAGGUCAAUCAUCAGACAGUGGUGGGCUGGCAGCUGAAGAACCUGGUGAACUUGUUGCGUGGGGACCCUGCAGGGGUGACCCUGACGCUGAAGAAACGCCCUCAGAGCACGCUCACAUCGACCCCUGCGCUGCUCAAAAACAUGAGAUGGAAACCGCUGGCUCUGCAGCCAAUCUUCCCUCAGAGCCCCAGCAGCAGCGUCGCGACGCCCACCAGCACUUUAAGCACUCCAUCCAGGAGGAGUAGCUGUGCCCUGCAGGACCUCUUCAUCCCGCCUCCUCCGGCAGAACCUUACACCCCCAGAGAUGACAAGGGGAAUCUGCCAGAAGACGAUCCUCAAACGGACGUCCAUGUCGCUGAAGGAUCUGAGUCACCAAACUCCUACCUGGACCAGGAAUGUCGACGGCGAUUUCCCCUGGUGGAGGAGGAUGCUAUACUGUACUGCUACGAGUACGACCAGAACCAGGAGGUGUCAUCGGUGCGCAGGGGCAGCACUCCCACCUAUAGCAGGCUGAGGCCCAUCUCCAUGCCGGUGGAAUACAACUGGGUGGGAGACAACGAAGACCUGGCCAAGCUGAGGAGAGAGAGCAGGAGAGAGAAUUCCCUGCUGCGGUUUGCCAGUGAAGACAAAGCCUCGGGGGAGAACUUUUUACUGGGCCGCAGCCUGAGUCAGAACAGGAGGAAGACUGAGCGAGGAGCCAGUCCCACCCAUUACACCCUCGUCCCCGCCCUGCAGAUGGAGGUGUCCCUGUCCACAUCCAGCUCUGACUCUGCUUCCCUUUAUCACGUGUUUGAGCGAUCUUCACUGCUAUCCAGGUCAAAGAAGAAGAGUAAAGCUGGAAGUCCGAUGUCUUCAAUCAGCAAGCGACGGAUUUCCUGCAGGGACCUGGGUCAGGGGGACUGUCAGGGCUGGCUGUGGAAAAAGAAAGAUGCGAAAACCUAUUUUUCGCAGAAGUGGAAGAAGUACUGGUUCAUCCUGAAAGACACGUGCCUGUACUGGUACAUGAAUGAAGAGGAUGAGAAGGCCGAGGGCUUCGUCAGCCUGCCUGAGUUCAAGAUUGACCGUGCGACUGAAUGCAGAAGGAAGUUCGCUUUCAAGGCUUGCCAUCCGAAGAUAAAAACCUUCUACUUUGCUGCGGAAAAUGUAGACGACAUGUCGCGGUGGCUCAGUCGUCUCAGUAUGGCGGUGGCAGGCUACUCCGAGCAGGAGAAAAUGCACCAGGACCAAGAUUACUGGAGUGAGAGUGAUCAUGAGGACAUGGAGAUGCCCUCAAUGCCCAAACAGGACAGUCCACCACCACCGUAUGACACCUAUCCCAGAGCGUCCUCAGUGAGUCCCUACCUGGAACCCAAACGUGGCCAUCUCUCCUCCUCCGACACUUUUCAGUCUCGUUCCUCUCACGAUGAGUUCCACUCUGAGCCUCAGGAAAGCAGCAGCAAUAACGGCGUCUCCCCCGGACCGAAGACGAGCAGCCACCGAAACUCGUGGCAGGACCAGAUGGACAGCAGCACGAGGAUGCACUACCUCCAGACGUUUCCCAUGGAGGAAUCCCUGUUAUCUGAGGACAGGGACCAACUGGCGAUGGAGUACCGCCGGCAGUCCACUCUGCCAGCACAGCGCAGCCUGCUGCAGGAGCAGUACAGAGCGCUGCCACUGCCCCUCAGGACCAGUAUCGAUUCAGAGGCAGGAGGGAAACCCCGCAGCUUCACUCUUCCCAGGGACAGCGGGCUGCACGCCAUCCUGGCCGCUGCAUCGGACCAGAGAGAACCUCAGCACUACCAGCUGGACCGUGGCAGAGACACAGGUCCUGGACGAGACUGCAGGCUGCAGACGGACUCUCUGGUGGAUCUGUACCGAGCUCUGGAGCAGACCAACCUGUCCACCUCUGCUGACCACAGAUCAGCCAGCCGCUUGGAGUAUAAGCGCUCGUUUGUGCGCAGAGUUAAUGACCCCCUGCUGAAUGACAAGCUGCACCGCCUGCGGAUCCUCAACAGCUCACUGAAGAAUGUCCCUCUUCAAGACACAAAUCGGUCGAUGGGUUUUUUAGGGUAACCUGUUGAGGAUCAGUGUGUUGGUGACACCUCGACCGUAUGGCCUCUGCCUGUGCCUCACGCUGCCGGCAUCCCGCCUGCUGGAGACAAGAGGCACCAAAAACCACCUUUUACCUGCUCGGUCCACCUUCUCUUCUCCCUUUACUUAAAGUUCACUGACCGUGCAGGAGCACAAAGACUUGGUGUCCUUCUUUGCCUCAUCUCUCUCUUCAAGAUGAGGGCUGGCUGUAAUAAAAGGCACAUCAAAAAGAUGCCUGGUUGGGUGAAAUAACUUAUAGACUUACAGGGUUUAUGGCAAACAAGCACUUUGUGUCCGUGUCAAAGAUUUGUCGGAGAGCUUUUGAAAUUGUCGCUCACAUGCAUGGCCGCCUCCCCUCGCUUCUGUUGAACGGUUUUCAACAUUAUGCUGGAGUUGUGUACAGCCGCUCAGAUGUGCACAACAUUUUGUUAUGCAUGUGUGUUUGGUUCAUGGGUACAUUUGUUCUCUGAGUGUACAGGGUGUUAAGCAUAUACAUGUACAUAUAUAUAUUUAAUAUUACAUUACCACAACAGUGACUACACAAUGUUUUUGGGGUACUUAUACAAAUUGUACAUCAAGUGCUGUGCCUCAGUGAUAGUGAAUGUAAAUUGUACUUUUUCCAGGACAGUUGAGAGAAGAUAUAGAAAGCAAGCUACUCCUCAAACCAGGGGCACAAAAAUAUAAUGCUUGGCAAUAAUGAACCAGUACUGUAAAUUACAAAGGAAAGAUCAGAAUAGUUGUCUAUUUUUGUAUGCAUGCCGUCUACCUGAUUGUUUGUAAAAUGGUUUUGUAUUUCUAAGUGCGUUUGGUCCGGAGAAUACUGGUGUCACACCCCUCCCCUCAACCCGACUCCCCACACCCGCCCUACAAGCACACAACCACCGCAGUGUAUUUUUAAUUCUUCUUAUACAGAUUAUCCCAGAAGAAAACUGAAUGAUUUUUCUAAGUGUUCACCAUAAAAAGAGGAAUAGCUGUAUUUAUUAAAUGUUUAAUGUACAAGCAUGCUUUGUAAGACUAAAACAUGUUACCAUGCCAUUUGACUCACAUUGCACACCUGUGCCAUAUUGUAGCUACAUUACUUUUUUAUUAAAUAAAGUAUGGUAUGGGCACAUGGAA